CCGUACUGAUGUAAUACAAGCACUUAAUAGUAUCAAAGAAAAGGCUUCGCAAACACAUGAAAAACCAGCUCAAAUAAUUCAAGAUACCAUUAUCAAUAUACCCAAAGCAUCUUUUUCUUAUAUGCCAAACAAUAAUGCUUUGCGUAAACAGAUUUUACGUAUUAGAAAUAAAGAUUUACCUUCUCAGCCUCAAUCAUUAGAAGAUAUUGAUAUGCCAGAUUUGCUAUGUUCAAGUAUUCGGGGAAAGCAAUUUCUUGCAAGAGAAAUUGAUUAUAAUAAUGAAAAAUUAAUGAUUUUUUGUGAAGAGGCUGGUUACAGUCUAAAUUCACCAAUUAUUAUUACAGAUUUCGAGCAGUCUGCAAUUAAUGCUAGUCAUUUAAUCUUUCCAAAUUCGAGGAAUAAAUGCUGCUUCUUUCAUUUCUGCCAGAAUGUUUGGAGACAAAUUCAAGCCGCAGGAUUAUCUACUGAAUAUGGCAAUGAUGAAGAAUUUAGCAUCAAAUUAUGCCUGCUAACAGCACUCGCUUUCCUUCUACCUUCCGAAAUUCCAGGUGCUUUCGAUCAAAUUAAAUUGCUAAUUCCUCCUAAUGCAAGUCAGGUUAUAGAAUACUUUGAAAAAACUUAUAACGUGGAAGAGUUAGACAACAUCUUAGAAAUGGAAAUACAAUUUAACUUCGUUGAGGGGUGGUAUUAUAGGUGGAACAACAUAAUUGGAAAACCUCAUAUUGGGGUUUAUACAAUUAUUGAAGAAAUGCGCAAAGAACAACACCAAACAGAUCUGCAAAUAGAAAAGGUUUUACGCGGUAAACCUCAUCUUUCUCAGCCUAGACGUAUUAUUAAUUCUGAAAGGCGUAUUAUAGUAGUGUUUAAUAGUCGAAAUAACUAUUCUAUUAUAGAUUAUCUAAAAGGAAUUGCACAUAACAUUUCCUUGUAA